AGCCAAUCAUUUGUGAAAACCUUGAGGCACCAGAGCUCAGUAAGUAGAAGUAACCGGUAGUUUAGCCAUGGACAGAGAGCUCCAGCUCUAAACCCUAACGCCAGCCUCACUGAGCCCAGAGGAGACUUUGCUGGGCAGCAGGCUUCAAACAGCAAGCUUCUGGAUUCUGAAGCUCCAGAGAUCUAACCACAUGACAGAGAUGAGAACCUGUGUAAGAUGGGAGAAGUGUAGAUGAGCAGAGCCUGAGGAGGGGACUGAACUGGAGCACCGAGGCUCACUGAGGAUUGCUUGUCGACACACCUACAUCUGCUGAAGGAUACGGUCUUACAAACACACACUGAGAGAAGCCCAGAGGAAGUCCAGGAGUCAUCCAGACAGCCAGUAGAAGUACACUAUGCAGGGUGUGGUGGGGGUGAGACAGGGAGUGUCGUGGAGCCUGUGUACCCUGCUCUGCCUCUCUUUCUUGGAGCAGAGCCAGUGCAGGGGCUCCAGACAGGCUAGAGAAACCAGGGAAUAUCCCCUGCUCAGGGCCAAACGAACUCCCACAGAGGACGUCAAGAAGUGCUCCUACACCUUUCUGAUUCCCCAGCAGAAGAUCACAGGCCCCAUCUGUGCCAGUGCGACGGGCCCCGAGCCGGACAAGGAGCGUGUGACACGGAUGGACAUAGCUGACGUCAGAGAGGUGCUGUCCAAGCAGAGACGGGAGAUUGAGACCCUGCAGCUGGUGGUGGACGUGGACGGCAACAUGGUGAACGAGAUGAAGCUGCUCAGGAAGGAGAGCAGGAACAUGAACUCCAGGGUGACCCAGCUCUACAUGCAGCUGCUUCACGAGAUCAUCAGGAAGAGAGACAACUCUCUGGAGCUGGCCCAGCUGGAGAACCGGGUUCUCAACGUCACCUCAGAGAUGCUGAGGCUAGCCUCGCGCUACAAGGAGCUGGAAGGGCGUUUUGCAGCGAUGGCGGGUGUGGUGAACAACCAAUCGGUGCUGAUCGCUGCGUUGGAGGAGCAGUGUCUGCGGACCCUGGGGCGCAGUGAGUUGCAGGUGGUCCCCCCGCUGGUCCAGGUGGUCCCAGAGAACAUCCCCGUCAACAGCCGCUUCACCAACGAGAUACAGAGGGAUCACAACAACCGGGCAUUCCCACGGGGGUCACGCAUGGACUCCCCCACCGCCUCCCCAUUUGGACUCAACCCGCCGCCACCGCAGGGCACGCUCACCUCAGACGGUCCGUUUAAGGACUGCUACCAGGUGCGCCAGGCGGGCCACAGCACCAGUGGGAUGUACCUCCUGAAGGCAGAGAGUAAUAAACAGCUGAUCCAGGCCUGGUGUGAACACAGCCUAGACAACGGAGGCUGGACCGUGCUACAGAGGAGGAAGGAUGGAUCGGUCAACUUCUUCAGGAACUGGGAGAACUACAAGAAAGGCUUUGGGAACAUAGACGGUGAAUACUGGCUGGGUCUGGAGAACAUCUUUAACCUGGGAAAGCAGGGGGACUACAGGCUGCUUGUAGAGCUGGAGGACUGGGUGGGGAAGAAGGUGUAUGCUGAGUACAGCAGCUUCCACCUGGAGCCUGAGAGUGAGGGCUACCGCCUGAGACUGGGCACCUACCAGGGAAACGCUGGAGACUCCCUCAGCAGCCACAAUGGGAAAAUGUUCACCACGCUGGACAGGGACAAGGAUGCUUUCUCAGGUAACUGUGCCCACUUCCAUAAGGGAGGUUGGUGGUACAACGCCUGUGGUCAGACCAACCUGAAUGGAGUGUGGUACAGCGGAGGGGUUUACCGCAGUAAGUUCCAGGAUGGAAUCUUCUGGGCCGAGUACGGAGGAGGAUCGUACUCCCUCAAGUCUGUCCGCAUAAUGAUACGACCUAUCGACUGAGCCUGGAACAGUCUCCACCCCACUAUCUAUGCCAUGACCUUUGACCCAUCCUAAUCCCUACCCUCCCACCCAGUGACGUCUCAACUUCUCCACCAAGCUACCCAUCUUCACAUUAUUUUCCUUUCUUACAUUUUUAAGAGAAGCUGUUUUCAACUGUCGAGGCCCAAAUCCCAAAUCAAACUGCUUCAUGGAAACCCUGGUUCUUCUUCAGCCUCUCUGAAGGGAAGAUGGCACAGCGUUCUGCUAUUGUUUCAGCUGUGCUUCUAUCGAGUCCUCUCUAGCAUGGCCAGACAGCCAUAUGAUAGUGAGUGCUGUGAAAGACAGCAGUGGACAGACAAAGUAUGAACUCUAAACACAGAGCUAGCUGCCACGGCCUUCUACAACAGUCACUAUGUUAUACUCUGUAUGGUCCUCUACCAUGUCACACAUCAAUACGCUAUGAAGGUGGUUACAUUAGGAAUUUCAGAUGCUUAUUUCACAAAUGUUGACUGGAAAAUAAAUGGUUCAUUUUGCCGUUUUAUUUUGCUCGUCUCAAGCUGGGUCUGUUGCUAGUGAAUGCCAUUCUUCACCGCGUACUAAAGAUUUAAUAAGAAGUUCCUUAUGAUGUCAUCAGUUAAAAACGUUCCACAGUCAAAGGGUUGAGAGGCAUGCCCCCCAGGCUUACAAAACGUAUGUACAUUUAACUCUCUCCCCCCCCCCCCCCCUCUCGCUCUUGCUUUGUUUGGGCUUGUUGUUUCGGGGUUCCCACAGAGAGGAAAAGGAUUGUAACAAUGUGCUUUGUGAUGUGGAAACAGCCCAGCUCGCUUUGGUAUGUAAAUAUAUUUGGUUUUAUUUGCGAGAGUUAAUUUAAGACGUAUGAUUCUGCUGAAGCCAAAUGUUUCCUCCAUGGUCUCUCCCUUCUGUUAUUUAUCAACAUAUUUAUAAUGAGUAUAGUCAGUCACGCCCUGCUCAACUUAGCCCUGGUAUGGCCUUUCUGUUCAUUCCAGUAAAAAAAAUUACUAAAAUUCAAACACCCAUCAGUACAGACACCCAUCAGUACAGUCAAGUUGACGGAUGUAAAUACCUGCCACGCUCUGCCAUCACUUUCCAUGUAGUUAAAUACUAAAUAAAACGGUUUCUAAAUACCCUCUGUUCUCACCCCACCUCA